AAUGCUUAAAACUGUCACGGAUCGUUCGAUAUUUUAAAGUCUGAAAAGUAAGGUGUUCCCGUGAUCUACUAUGCUGUUACAAAUUACAUUUUUCUUUCUUUUUUUUAAACCUACAAUAUAAUUUUAUUAUUAUUAUUAAUGUUUAUUUGAAGAAAAAAACGAUAAUUAUACACGUUCCAAUCGUCACGACAGUUUUUACUUAUUUUCUUUUACUAGCACAAUAAUCUGUUAGAUAAAUCACUCCAUAAUAUAUUUUUUAUUGCUUAGUAUAUUCAUAUUUUUUUGAUAUUUUAAAUGCAUUUUACAUACGGUGCACAAAACGCCGUGGUGGGCGUGGCAUAGCGCAGGUGAACAGGAAGCAAGUUUGGAAAAGUGGUUUUGUUUUUCUGCUGCGUUUACAAAAACUGAACUGGAAAUCAAAGGCUGGUUCUUGUGGUCCAGGCCCCAGCCAGCCCUCCACUUUGUUCGUGAGAAUCUGUAAUAGGAUUCCUGUCUGUAAUCUUCUGUAAGCAGAGGGAGAUGCCACAGAGGGAAACACACAAACAGAGGAGCAAUGUGUAUGCAGAGCACAUGAGCAGAGAUUACCCUCACAAUGGAGAACAUUCUCUGUACCAUGGCCAAAGUCGCAAUUAUAAGCCAAAAGAUGUGGAAGGGAGAAGCUCCACUGAUGACCGGAGGGCCAACAAAAACAGACACGAAAUGAGAAGUGUCUCCCAAAAGCUGCCGCCUUACCAAGGCAAUGCAACCCCCUCAAGCAUGUUUACAGAAAGUUCAGUGUAUCACUCUGAAGGAGAGCAGCAGCAGCACCGACAAGCUCUGUACAAUCUCAGAUACAUCUUAACUACAAGAGGUCUCUGCCAGAUCACAGAAGUGUUCCUGAAUCUGAUCAUGGUCAUCUGUGCCGGAGUGCCUUACAGCAACAAUGGGGGUUACCGUGACUUGGCCAGUCUCGGAGGAAUCUACUACUAUCACUUUGGGGGCGCCGGUGCCUUCACUGGAGCUGAUGCAGAGAGAGUGAAACAGCUUGACCAACAGUUCCAUCAGAUCAAGAAGCCACCGUACGUCAUGCUCAUGGCCUGUGGCGGGGCUUUUCUGGCCUAUGCUUGUGCUAUGCUCGCUCUGGGAGUUUUCAGAGUCCCUUACCGUUGGCCUCCUGUGCUGCUUGUGGAGGCUCUGCUGAAUAUCCUGAUAAGCCUCAGUUACAUUGUUCUACUUGUUUUUUACUUUCUUGAACUGAAGGAUGUCUACAGCAAUACUGUCUGCAUUGAGAGAGAAGAGAUGUACAAAAGCAAAGGGCACAAAGGCUUCGAGUGCCAGGUGAAUGGCGCAGACAUCGCAGGAGGACUCUUCGGGGUGUUGGGGGUGUGUGUUUUCAUCUUUGGUUCAGUGGUAGCAGUCAGAGCUUUCAGGUCAGUCCGAAAGCUUAAGAAGCAGCAGGCCAGCGAGGAAGCAAACUUUUAAGAACAUAGAAGAUGGAGAAAAAUAAGUGUUUUAAAAAGCCUUCAGAAGAACAGCUGUUCUUGUGCUAGUUUUUUGUUACUGAUGCACGAGCUCUCACCAGUUUUUAUGCUUUGAUUUUACACUUAAGUACUUUUGUAUCACAUAAUCAUUUUAUUAAUGUUGAGUUCUUUAUUCUUCUAACCCUGAAUCUUUUAUAAAUACACAAUAAAGGACUAAAAUAAAAUAAAAUUAUUGUCUUUUUUU